AAUGUAAUUCUUAAUACUUGUUUAAAAACGAAAACAUUUUAUGAUAUAAACCGAGAGAGCGAUGGAAUGACAAUACGGAUGAAUUGGACCAAAUCUGGCUGCAAACCGAUUUGUUACUAUUCUCCCCUCAAAUGGUCGCAUGAGUCGGAUCACCAAUUUGAGCUCACCAAUGAGAAUAGUUCGUAUAAAAUGGAUACAGAAGUGACAACAAUUAAAGACGGCUAUGAAUUCGUCAAAAUCUAUUGCUUCAGAAAUACGGAUGAAUUCUUUUUAUCACAAACGGCCCAAUCGUUUGAUGAAACAAUUGCACGAUCUGUUUAUUAUGAAGAUAUUAUACCAUUGAUUCCCACCGUUAAUAGUAUUGUGAAUAAAACGGUACCGAAUAUAACAGAAAGGGAUUCUCUACCAAAUGUGAUGCUCAUAAAUAUUCCGUUUGUAUCGAAUAUCAAUUUUCACAGACAUCUCGUCAAAACAUCUCAACUCAUUCUAAAUAACACACAUUUCCAACAAUUUAAGGGCUAUAAUAAAGUGGGUUUAAAUAUUUCACUAAAUGGCCUAUUAUUUGGAAAGAAUUCGCGCAAAGGGUCCAGACAUUAA